GACUGCUCUACGUGCGCAGCUAGCGUUAGCCAGCGUUAGCAAACAUGGCCGCCGUGGGGAAGAGUUCCCAGCGCGACGUGUAAACUCAGUACCGGUCACUGGGACAUCGCUUCACGUCCCCUCUUCACACAGCGCUACUGGUCGCCUCUGAUGGACGACGUGGAGAUCACUGACGUCGAUGACGACGACAACCCUUACCGGGUGGAGAAGACGCGCCUCAGGAACCAGGACCUGGGUUCCCUGAGCCUGACGGUGGGAGAGCUCCUGUCCCAGUAUGGAUGGUACCUCCUGGUGGUGACUGUUCUGGUCUACCUGCUCAUCCAGUACCUGAGCAGGAGGAGAUCCAGCCAGAGCUCCAGCAGCUCAGCCCAACAAACACCGCAAGAUGUCGCGUUAGUGGCAAAAAGACAAGAAGCCAUGGAAGCAGCUCGCAUAAAGAUGCAAGAGGAGCUCAAUGCCAAAGCUGACAUCUUCAGAGAGAAACAAAGACAGCAAGAAGAAGAGAAGAGGAGGCAGAAAAUAGAGAUAUGGGACAGUAUGCAACAGGGAAGAAGUUACAAAGGAACCCCAAAACCUUCUCAGACCACUGAAGAGGCCAGCUCAUCAACAACAGUGUUGAAACCAAAGUCGGACAAGAAGCCACUUCGCAGUGCAGACUACAACCCCCUGACUGGACAGGGAGGGAGCUCCUGCACCUGGAGACCUGGCAGGAGAGGGCCGUCAUCUGGUGGAUGAGGGUAAAGAAGGUCAGAGACUUGGGUCUGUUCGACCUUUGACCUCUGACAUCCCUGAUGCUCACACUGACCGACUGAACCAAGCUGACAAUAUCACUAACCCUCAAUAAGAUGUUUUUAUUUUAAAAAAUUUUAACCUGCUGCCAUAUUCUAGUAGGCGUUGAUCAGUUAGCAUUAUUCAUUUCACAUAUCCUGUUUGAUUAGUUAUUUAUCUCAAAUCCCUCUGCUUUGUAAACCAUAAAAUAUACUGUGAUCGUCAUUAAUCAUAAUUGUUAAGGGAUUAUUGCAUUUUGGAAUUGAAAGCUUGUAAUGACGCCAUCCCUGUAAUCGGUAUGUAACCAGCAGGUUUGGCUGAUGAAUUUCACAGUCAGUGUGGUUUUUUUUUUUUCUCAUAUAUUUUUGAAGUGUGUACCAGCAUAGCUAUAGAGUUAAUGUUACUACAGUAGCUGCUGGUGGACAUUUGGUUAAUAAAAAGACAAUAGUGCAUUCUGAUGGUACAUAGUUAACAGUUUGAUCUAUAAAAUGUAAGAAGGGUGUGUCUAUACUGUAUACUCACAUUUUUAGGCAAUAAAGAUAUGGUCACCGGG